GGCGCGGCGGAAAUGGAGUCCCGGGCCAUGCCCCCGCAGGCCGCCCAGCCGAGCGCGGGGUACUGGACGCGCGAGUCGAAGCCCAUGGCCUGGCGGGACCGCAUCCUGGUGUUCCUCCUGCCCCAGGGCAUGAUGCUCACGCUGGCGGCCAUCGUGCUCUUCUUAAUCCACCUGGGCGUCCUCGCCAGCGACAUCCACAACUUCUACGUCACCCACCACUACGACCGCAUGAGUUUCCGCUACACCGUUGUCCUCAUAUUUUCCCACGUCAUCAGCAUCUGCUGGGCCGCCAUGGGGUCGCUCUAUGCCGAGAUGACGGACGACGAGGCCCGGCGCUUCUUUUCCGUGAUUGUCCUGAUGCUCAACGGGGUCAUGUUCUUCAACCGCCUGUGGCUGGAGUUCGUGGCCAUUCAGUACCGCGAGGAGUACCACUGAGGCACGCGGCUGCGAAGGGCAAGCAAGAGGGCCGCUCCCGCGUCUUAAUAAAGUCUAUUGUUUAUUCCC